AUGUCGCCUUCGCAUCCGAAGAAGCGCGCGCGUCUCGGAGGCGCCGUCGACGAGACCGCGGGAGACGGAUCGUCUUCCGCAGAUCUCGUCAACGACGCCCCGCUUCUGGAACGACUCGCCGCGGACGCGCGCGACGUCUUGGACGCGCACCUGCUCUCGCGGCUCGACGACGGCGACCGCGCGAUGCUCGCGCUGGUGAGCCAGAACAUGCGCGACGUCGUCUUCACGUCGUCCUUCGGCGAGGUGAAGGACCUCGCGGCGGUGAGGAAGGAGCUCGGGAGGGUGCGGAACUUCGUCGGGUCAAUCGGCAGGUUGGCGUGGGCGAAGGAGCGAGGGUGUCCGUGGAACGCGAAGACGUUCAAGGUCAUCGCGAAGGGUGGGAACGUGGAGGUCGCGAAAUGGGCGAAAGAGCGAGGAUGCCCGUGGGACGUGAAAGUGGUUUGCAACUCCGCCGCGUUUGGCGGCCACCUGGAGAUGCUGCGGUGGUUGCGAACGAACGGCGCUCCGUGGACCGCGAAAGCGCUGUCCAUCGCCGCUCGAGAAGGCCACGUGGCAGUAGUCGAGGCGAUGGUGGCCGCGGGCGCGGACGUGAACAAGGCGGAUAAGUACGGCGUGACGCCGCUAUACUUCGCCGCCUUAGAAGGCCACGUGGCGGUGGUCGAGGCGCUGGUGGCCGCGCGCGCGGACGUGAACCAUGCGAGGAAUGACGGCGAGACGCCGGUGUAUGCCGCCGCUUUGAACGGCCACGUGGCAGCAGUCGAGGUGCUGGUGGCCGCGGGCGCGGACGUGAACAAGGCGAAGGAUAACGGCGACACGCCGCUGUAUACGGCCGCUCAAAAAGGCCACGGGGCGGUGGUCGAGGCGCUGGUGGCCGCGCGCGCGGACGUGAACCAUGCGAAUGAUAGCGACUGGACGCCGCUGUACAUCGCCGCUUACAACGGCCACGUGGCAGCAGUCGAGGCGCUGGUGGCCGCGCGCGCGGACGUGAACAAGGGGGUGACGUGGAACAAGACGCCAAUGUACAUCGCCGCUUACAACGGCUACGUGGCGGUGGUCGAGGCGCUGGUGGCCGCGCGCGCGGACGUGAACAAGGCGGAUGUUAAAGGCGAGACGCCGCUGUACAUCGCCGCUCGCAACGGCCACGAGGCGGUGGUCGAGGCGCUGGUGGACGCGGGCGCGGACGUGAACAAGGCGAUGAAUGACGGCGCGACGCCGCUGUACGCCGCGAAGAAAUACAAUGCCGCACCAGGGUUUAGGGACUUCGAGGCGGUGAUCAAGUUGUUAGAGGCCGCGGGCGCGAAGUGA